CAACUCCAGAUUGAUUAAUCAGGCUGGAAGCCUUUAAAAGCUGUCUCUCAUCACUCACUCCUCAGUCUUGGCUUUCAACAUGGUUGCUGCACAGCUUCUCUUGAGGGCUUUCCUCUUUGCUCUGCUGGUCCUGCAUGUAUGUGGGGUCCCAGUUAAGAAUGGUUACAAUUCUCAGGCCUACAAAAGUAGCAGCUUUUCAAAAGGAGCGCCGCCUGCAGAUGUGUUCACGCCUGAAGUGGAGGACACGCCUGAAGUGGAGGAGACGUCUGUCGUUGAACAAGUCGGUUAUUCACUUCCACCUCCUGACCCAGUCUACCAAGCAGGAGAGUUGUCUCAAUACAAAAACAGCUAUGAGUAUGGAGACUAUCAGAGGGAGACUGAAGAAGAAGUCUCUUCCCCUCCUCCUCCCCCUCCUCCACUGGCUCCUGCCAAGCCUAAAGCCCAGUUCACCAGUCCACCCCGUCCUCUGCCGGGCCAUCUUAGGUUCAGGGGUUACUUACCCUACUUUGACUACAACUUCCUGUAUGGAAACUACCCCAGAGGCACUUACACCCACUCCAGCAGCAGCUAUGAACAGGGCAGAGACCACUGGAGGGAUGCUCACUAUGUGAAAUAUAUUCCCUUUGAGCCUGUUGCUACAGAAGAGCCUGAACCACUUAAGUAUCCAGUAGAUGUUGAUCAGUAUCCUGCUCCUGCAGUGGCACCAUACGACCAGCCAGCGCCUGUGAAGUACCAAAGCCAGUUCUAUCCAGUUGCAUAUUAACUGGAUCAGCAAGAAGCCCUUGUCAGAAAUGAGUGAAUAAAUAAUAAAAAAAGAGAAAUGAAAUGG